AUGAGAAGUAAUAAUUAACGCGAAAAUCAAGAAAAAAGAGUCAGAAAGCCUAGUCGAUAUAAAGUAAAUUUGAGAUUUUAAUUAAAGUAGUUUUAGGAUGAGGAGGAAAUAGAUUAAAUAAUCAAAUCAUGUGAGAAACCAUCGAAAUCUAGGAAGCUUAGAAAAUUAAGCCAGGAAUCUUCAAUGGAGGUGGAAGAAGAAGAGGAUGAACAAUCAGAUAGUUAAUAUGAAUCAGAUUACAAUGAGGACUAUUGUUGGAAAUGUAGAUAAAAAAAUAGACCUUUGUUGUGUUGUGAUUCAUGCUACAGAUCAUUUCAUAUGGCAUGUGUUGGAAUUAAAAAGAUGCCUGCAGGUUCUUGGUAUUGUCCAUAAUGUUGUUAAUAUGAGUAAUCUUAUUGUCCCUAUUGUGAUGAAUAAAGUACAAAUGAAAAAAUUAUAUGCUCAAAAUGUAAUACUUUUAUUCAUUUGGAAUGCAUUUUAAAAGAUAUUCCAUUUGAGGCCGUUCUUAGAUCACCAGUAAAUCGGAAACACAUUUCAGAAGAACUAUUUUAAUAAUUACUAUCUGCUGAGAAACCUACUAAGAAUUGUCCAUUAAUAUUUCAUUGCUGUCUAAGAUGUCUAUAAGGCUUUGGAGUGGGAUAAAUAUUAACUCAUUUAAAAUUCAAAGAUAAAUAAUGUUAUUUAAUUUUACUUGAAUAAUCAUCAUAUAUACAUUGUCACUUUUUUAGCUAAGCAUAAGUACAAACAGUAAAUCAAAGGAAAUUGAAAAACUAUAUUGAAAAAAAUGAAGGCAAGUAGGAUGCUAUUGAAAAUGAUAAUGAUGCUGAAUUAUAGACAUCUUUGAAUUAUAUUGAGGAAGACAUCUUAGAAUAUUUAGAACCUGAAAGAAUUAUAGGGUGUAAAAGAGGAGCAAAUGAUUAAAAGAAAACAUGGAGAGAAAUCUAUAAUUAAGAAAUGCCCAAAAUUACAUAAUAUGGAACUAAAAACAAUUACAAAUUCUUAAUUAAAUGGUCUAGAAUGUUUUACGAAGAGAGUAGUUGGGAGGAUGCUUACUUUAUAAUGGAAAAAUAUAGAGAUGAAUUUAAAAGAUUCCUAAAAUCAAAAAUAUUAGAAGAAACCUAUGGCACUCCUGAAUAUGAUUAAUUCAUUAAAUAGUUUUUGAAGGUACCUCCUAACAAAGCCAAGAAGAAUCAACCUGUGUGGAUAACUGGAGGUUAAUUGCAUUAGUUUUAACUUCAAGGAUUAUAGUGGUUAUAAAAAUCAUAUGAAACUAAUAAUAAUGUAAUUCUGGCAGAUGAAAUGGGAUUAGGUAAAACUAUUCAAACUAUUUCAUUUCUGAACUUUUUAUAAUAUGAAUAUAAAAAGUCAGGGCCAUUUCUUAUUAUUGGACCAGCUACCAUCCUAUAUAAUUGGUUGAAAGAAUUGAAAAAAUGGGCUGAAACAUUCAAUGUCAUUGUUUACACCGGAAAUUAAGAAAGUAGAGACAUUAUCAAAGCAAAAGAGUUUUAUUAUAGCAAUAAUAACAAUAAUGUGUGCAAAUUUAAUGUCUUGAUCACUAGUUAUGAUAUAGCUAUCAUAGAUUAAGCAAUAAUCAAAAAAAUUAAUUGGGAAUGCUUAAUUGUAGAUGAAGCUCACAGAUUAAAAAAUAAUGAUUCCAAAUUCUUCAAAGUCUGCUCUCAAUUUUCUAGUUAACACAUUAUUUUAUUAACAGGAACUCCAUUAUAAAAUAAUCUAUAAGAACUCAUUAAUUUAAUUGAAUUCAUUGCUCCUUAAAAGGUUAAGUAACUUAAAAAGGAAUAAUUAAAUGUUUUAUUCAAUAAUCAGGAUUUAGAAGACUUUUAAGAAGUCAAAAAGACUACUCUUACAGAAUUGAAUUCCUUAUUAAAACCUCACAUUCUAAGGAGAACAAAGGCUGAUGUCAAAUUGUAAGUUCCUGAAAUGGAAGAAAUAAUUAUUAAGUUGUGCUUGACAGAUAAGCAGAAGUUUCUGUAUAAAAAUGUUAUGUUAAGAAACUAUGAAAAGUUAAAAGUCUUGGAUUAAAAGAAAGGAGCUAGCAAGGCUAAUUUAUUAAAUAUUUUAAUGUCUUUACGUUUAGUAUGUAACCACCCUUAUCUAUUUACUUAUAAACGAGAAUUUCCAAAUGAGGACAUUGAAGAAAUGAUUAAUUAAUCUAAUAAAUUGAAGUUUGUUGAUAGAAUCAUACCCAGAUUAUUGGAGAUGUAGCAUAAAAUGCUUAUUUUCAGUUAAUUUACAAUGAUGCUUGAUUUGAUGCAACAUUAUCUGCAAUUAAGAGGAUAUAGCUAUGAAAGAUUGGAUGGAACUACAAGUAUUAUGGAUAGGUAAAGAAUAAUAGAUUCAUUUAAUAAUUCAACUGGUAAAUCUAAAAUAUUCUUACUAUCAACAAGAGCUGGAGGAUUGGGAAUCAAUUUAACCUCUGCUGAUACAAUUAUCUUCACUGAUAGUGAUUUUAAUCCUUAUAGAGAUCUUUAAGCAAUUAGCAGAGCUCAUAGAAUGGGUUAAACGAAUAAGGUGAAGGUAUUUAGAUUAGUAAGUAAAUACACAGCUGAAGAAAGAAUAAUAUAGAUAGCUACUAAAAAAUUACUUUUGGAAGAAAUAAUAAUAAAUCCAAUUAAUAAAUUUACUAAAGAUGAUUUCUAAUCUAUCUUUAAAGAAAGCACUUGGGAGUUGUUCAAUAAAAAUUUAGAAGAGAAAGACUAAGAGUUUACUGAUGAACAAUUAAAUAUCUUAUUGCAAAGAGAUAUUGAAUAGUAAUCUGAUUAGUAAUAUGUAAAUUUAAAAAAAAAUGAUAUAAACGAUUAUUAUUUGUCAGGAUUCAAAUUUACAAGUUUCAAUUUGGAAUAAGUAGAAAAAGAAGGAGAAGAAAGUCAUUAGAAUGUGAAUUUAGACAAAUAUUGGGAGACCUUCUUAGAUGAAGAAGCAAAAGAAUUUGCAGAAAAGGAGAAGGAUGAAUUUGGAAAAGGCAAAAGAUUGAAAAAGUAAAACAUACCAAACUAUCACGAAGAUUAUCAUCAAUGUAUAUUAUAUAUAGGAAUAUUAUUAGUUUCAUCAUCCUAAUAUAGUCCAUCUGAUUAGAGUUAAGGAACUGGAUCAGAUUAAGAAAAUGAUGAAAAUAAGAAAGAUUAAAAAGUAGUAUCUGAAAGAAUGUAGAAAUUGAUAGACAAGGAUUUACAAAUCAUGAGAUUUUUCUAAUAGACUGUUCUUGAACAUUCAGAAUUAGCAUAACUUAGUGUAGACAAUGAUAUUGUGACAUAUGGUUUUACUGCUUAUCAUAGAUUAGAAUUUCUUGAUUUUGUUUUGUCUUUUGGAAUGGAUUUCGACUCUAUUGAUUAGUUUUAUUAAGUGUAUUACAUUAAUAUUUAUCAUAUUAUAGAUUACAAAGAGAGAAGCCUCAAUGCUUUUCAGCUGAGUAUAAACCUAGUAAUGAUGAAUUUAAAAAGUACGUUAAAGAGUUUUACUCCCUUCUUUUAGAUUAUGAAUAAUUCAAAGAGAAACGAAAUAUUGCAUUUUGCAACAUUAAUCCAAAGGAGAUAUUUUAUCGAAUUUGUGGAUUGAUGUAUUUGAAAAAGAAAUAUCAAUUCUACUAAAAUAGAUAAGUGAAAUUUACAAUAAAACAUGAAAGUAUGUAUCAAUCGAUAUACAAUUUUAGACUAUCAAAAAAAUAAAGUGCAAAAAGAUUAAGAAUAAAUUAUAUACAAAAAUGAAGAGUGGACCAAUUUCGAUGAUUUUACACUUUGUAAAUACAUUGCUGAAAAGGGUUUUAAUGCAAGUAUAUAAAUUUACUAUUAAUCAAGUUGAUCAAAUUGUGGAAGAUCAAGGCUACUUUUAAUUUGCUUCAGAAUUGUAAGAAUAUCCAUUCUGGUUCAAACUAUUCAGAAAAAUUGAUUAAGUGCCAUUCGAAUAGAUUUAAAGUGAAGAAUAAGCAAAGAAAUAUUUGAAGUAUUGGAUAUAGUAAAGAUGUUUAAUGUUAAUGAGUUUAAUUAUUGAUUCUGAAGAAUGA